AUGGAUAUAACACGAUUGCAUCAAUUUCAAUUUCAAUAUUUUAUCAUUCUCAUUCAACUAUUUCUCACUAUUUGCACUGUAUUUUUAUCACAACUGCAAUUAGUUGCUACAAUUGAUAACAAUGAAACAGAUUAUCAUAUAACUGAUAAAGAUUUAUUCAUCCUUGAUAGCUUAUCAACAGUGUGUUCUAAUAAAUGUCCCAAAUUUUGUCCUAAUCCUGAUUUAUUGAAUUGUACCGAAUUAGCCUAUGAUCCAUGUGAAUGUUGCACUGUUUGUCUGCAUGAUACGGGUGAAUCAUGCGGUCCUGGAAUUGGUGCUUGUCGUCAGCCAAAUUUUUGUCAACCAAAAUUGGAUCAAAUUGACAUUGGCAUUUGUAGUGGUAAGUUAGUUCGAACAAUUUAA